AUGGCGCAAGAAAACCGAAAACCAUCAUGAAAAGAUGAGACUUUUAGCCUCAUUUCUAGCCUUACUAGCCUUCAUAUUAACAGGAUUUUCGUGGAAAUGUUUGGUUUACUAUUCAGUCUUUGCGCUUGCCAGCUGGUGGCUUAUUUAUCUAUUUCUUUGCAGUAAAUACGAACUGGACUUUGAUGUAGUCUUUAAAGUCUUAGAGUGGGUAGGUUAUGGAUCUCCGCACUUCCUUGAAAAUAAGAGUUGUUUAUCUUCUUCAGAAAACACUACAGAUGGACAAACCGCUCUUUGUAGGAUACCUGAACCUAUAUCUAAGAGGAUCGAUGUGGUAGUACAGAAUGUAAGCAGGGAUUUUGUGGGKUCUUGGUACCGCGAGGUUGCAGAAGGUGAUGUCUUCAUCGAAGAAAGUAAAGCGGCACUUCAGAAAUUAUCCGUGGACAUUUACAACCGAAUGAGUAACCUAGACUCACAUUUACUAUCAGAACAAGUCAUUAUGGUCUUCCAUGCGCAUCUAGAAAGGUUUAAUAAAGCUGUCUCUGUCCUCAAAGACAAGGAUCCGAAUCUGAAGUUAGCCAUCACGUCUUCACAGCUUCUACACCAAACAUACGAAUCUCAGAUCCCAAGCAAACACCUCGCUUUAAAAAACCCAACUUCUGAGCUCAAUUAUUUAAGAACUGUCGUAGAUUCUCUACUAGCUGCUUUAUUACCUGAAAAUAUUUUUAGUUGUGAUAUGGGCAGAUUUAUUUUGAGGGAGAUUUUGGCCGUUCAACUAGUAGAUCUUGUGGAUAUGUUGAGUGACGCAGAGUGGGUCAACGAAGCCAUCAUUGAUCUWCUUUCUCCUCCAAGAGAACAGCUGUCAGAUGUUUUGACAGAUCAGAAACUGCACGAUCAAGAAACUAGCGAUAAAGCUAAUAAGGAUGGCUUAAAAUCGAUUGGAAAUUCGACUGGGAUCAACCCUAGUGGGAUUUAUAAGAAUAUUGAGAAUAUUCUGCCCGAAGGAGAGGAAGAGAAUGUAAUUUCUUCCUUUGAAAGACAGGUGAGGAUCUUCCCCGCGGAAGGACAAGAGACUACAGAUUUAGCGAUCAUUGAURAUAGGAUCAAAAUCAAGGACACAGAAGACUCAUUAGUUCGAAAUAAUCAACAAUUGGAUAAUUCUGAUUCAAUGUUUAAUGAAAAUGUAAAAACUUUUGAUUCUGGUAAUGGAAAUUUAAUCUCGCCAGAAGAUUCUGAAAAAGAUCUUGAAGGCUGUAACAGACCUAGUUUGUCUUCUUCUUGGGGAUAUUUACCCUCUUCGGGCGACAAAACAUUUCAAACUCAAAGCUUUGAGGCUAUGAAACAAGAAGCAAUUGAGAGAGAAAGACUUAAAAAUAGCUCUAAAAAAAUUGUGGAUUUUGUUGGUACGUGUUGUACAAGGUUUGAAGCAAGCGAUGAGUUAGAUGGAAAUCUGAAAAAUAAAUUUGCACAGAUGAGGAAAAGAACUGCAUCACUGCCUGAAGACUUGGAUGUUAUGACAAAUGGUAUUGACAAGCAAAAUAAGAUGUGUGUUAGCAAUGGCAGCAGAAGCUUUCAAAGAUCAGUGAGUUUUCCAAAUAACAUGUCUUCAGUUUUGGAACGUGAUGAGACUCUUGACCCUGUAGAAAGGCCGUUACGAUCUUCCACUAUCCACCCGACCCCGGUUUACGGCUCACCCUAUUACAACAUUAGUUUCUGUAGCAGUGAUGGAUCUUUUAAGUCAUUUAGUGACGACGACAUGGAGGUUGAGGAAGGAGAAGAAAUGGACGAAGGGAAUGAUAGUGAUGAUGAUGAAAUUUCAGAAGACAUAGCACCCUUACCGAUCAUGAAAGCACCUCCGAGGGGUGCAAUAUCAAGAGAAAUUGACAAUGAAGGCAAUAAUAUGAAUGGCGACGGUGACGUAUAUCAACAUAAUAUUCGGCAAAGAAAACAUGGCUUUGCGAAAAGGAGUGAAUUUAUGCAAGACAGAUAUAAAGGUAAUGGAGAGAUAACAGGAAGCACGGAGGAUACUUCUAAUGGGAAAAACAGUUUUGAUAGUUUCCGUGACAACAGAUAUAGUUCAAAAGACAGCGAUUCGUCUGACCCUCGGUCACCAAUGGAAACGACACCACCAAAGCCUAGGAUGCUUGAAUCGGAUCCUUCAUUUAGCGAUUCUGUGAUUUUAGCAGGGCGAAAGUUUAUCUCRAGCAUUAAAUCACCAGUAAAGAAUUUUGGUUUUAGCAGUGGAAGCUCUAAGUCAACCAGUAUUUCCUCUGGUGCAGAUUCUAUGGAAGUUAACGUGCCGUCUAGUAUUGAUUCUGCCUCAUUUGACUCUGAUUUACCAUUCCAUCGGCCAGUCCUUAAAACCAAGACAGACUCACCCAGCUCAGGGCGGAAGCUUUCUCGUAGUCAAGCCGUAGUAGAUGUGUCAUCAGAGAGCGAAACAGAGACUUGGUAUGGUACGCCACCAGCAGCGUCAGUUAAAGAGGAGAUUGUAUAUGGAAUGCCGUCAAGUUCUUCGGGUGAUACUACUGAUAGUGAUAAUAGAACUGUCGUGAAGAUUCACCCCAGUAAGUUGAUUAGUAUACCAAGUUCUGAGACAGCGUUGGAAUCUGAUUGGGAGCCGGGAAGGAGUAAAUUUACUCUCUACAGGAUUGAGUAUGAUAUACGCAUCUGGCCCAGUGUGUACAAAGCUGUGUUAGAUGAAAAAAACCAGCUGCAAUCAACUGAGGAGAAAGAAGAGAAUCCUCACAACAAGAAAACCAUACCUUACAAAAGAGUAAUCAAAAGACGCUACCGAGAAUUCAUGGAACUUCAUAGCCGGCUCUGCAGCGGGCCUACCGCAAUGUACAUGAAAGGAAUUUUAAAACCAAACAGAAAAUACAACUUACCUUUUGGUCGUCUUGACAAGGAAGUUGUGGAAGGAAGGAGAUGCUUGCUGCAGAACUAUCUUGUGAGUCUUGUGUCUAAACCAGAGCUGCGUGACUGUGAUGAUCUGAAACAGUUCCUUGGUGUGAUUGAUGGGGUGUCAUUCAUUAAACCGAGCGUUGCGCAGAUAGUACAGUCAGUACAUGUUCCCAAGAUGCUCAGCAGACAGGUGACUAAAGUGAUUGACAGCAUUAAGACUGCUCUCGAAAUAGAGCAUCAAGAAGGGACAGAGGACACAGCCAAAGCAUGUCCAGAUACUGUAGAUAGUUCUUGUCAUUGGACAAUAGUACGUCACAGUAGCAUAGAUGAACAGCCAUUGGUGGAUAAAGAGGAGGUGUGUGCUGGUGACUGUUUCUCAGCAUUUCUGGACACUCUUGAGCUAUCAACACCAUAUCUGACAUAUCAUGAUACUGAUACGGAUAACAGCUAUGAUGACAGCAGUGGUAAUGACGAUGACGAUGAUGACGACGACGAUCUUCUACAUCUUCUUGCCCCAAGAACUGCAGGUGACACAAGUGACAGCCCAAACGAACCUUCCACAGCCUCUGCCGUGUCACAAGAUGACAUGUUGAAUGGUGUUCUAGGAAGCAAAUCUCCAGGACUGUGCAUCCCAUCUACCUUAACUCAUUCUGUUAGUACAGGAAGCUUGAAUGAAAAAGAUACUAUUGAUUUUGGUAAACAGUGGUUCCAGAAAGAUGUUCAUGAAAAGAAACCAAAACCAGAGGUCCCAGAAAGACCACCACCUCCUUGUCCAGCAGAUGAACUAACAGAUCCUACUAAUGACCAACAAAAGUCCAAGUUUUCACAUCAACUUAAAUUUUCUAAAAGUAAUGUUGAAAAGUUAAAGCUUGCAGCUCAAAAGGCUAAGGAAAAGAAGGUCGAAUCGAUGGAGAAUCUGAGUCAUGCUAAAGAGAAAAUUAAAACACUCUCAAAGGAAAAGAAGAUUGAAACAGUUGAACAACUUAGUCAUGCGAAAGAUAAAGUAAAGGCCUUCUCCAAAGAAACCAAAUUUGAUUCGAUGGAACCGUUUAGCCAUGCUAAAGACAAAGUUAAAAACUUUUCUAGGGAUAAAAAAGCUGAAACAGUUGAGCAUCUUAGUCAGGCAAAAGAGAAGGUGAAGUCCUUGUCUAAGGAUGCAAAGCUUGAACAACUAAGCCAUGCUAAAGAUAAGGUGAAAGCUUUCUCUAAAGAAAAAAAGAUUGAAACAAUGGAAAACCUAGAUCAAGCAAAGGAGAAAGUCAAAGCGUUUUCUAAAGAGAAAAAGAUUGAAACUGUUGAACACCUAAGCCAUGCUAAAGAUAAAGUGAAAGCAUUUUCAAAGGAAAAAGGAGAAGAGUCAUUGGAAAACUUACAUCAAGUUAAAGACAAGGUUAAAGCAUUUCAAAAGAAGAUUCCUGAUUCUAAGAAGUUGCGCAAAAAAUAUGCUUCUCGGUCCUCCCCCAUGGGUGAGAAUAAAAAAGAUGUUUAUAUUCAAAGUAUCCCAGUUGAUACCAGGAAAACUACUACACGAGGACACGAAAAAAAUUUCAAAUAUAGCACUGUAAAUGGAGGAGAAAUAGACAUCCCUUCUGUCACGUCUAGCUCUGAUGAUCCAAGUUGUGUGACUGAAGUAGCAGGAGAUAUGGUGGUAGAGGAGCCACAGUGCCCUCUUUCGCAUGCUAUAUUGGACCUGACGUGCGAGGUCCUCAAGGGACAUGACUCUUGGGCCAGUAUUGACAGGGUACAAGAUGGAUUUCUGGGAAUCUUUGGAGCUCUUUUUGAAUGGUUUGUGCGAAGUGAAAUAGAUGAUUUAUUUACAGAGGACAACUGGGGUUUUUAUCUAGAGAACCUUAUCCAAGUGGUUUGGCCUGAUGGAAAGCUCUUUGAACCCUCGGGGGAGCAGAAAUCAGAGGAAGAAAAAGAGAAAACAAAGAUAAAAGCCAUUAAAACACUGAUGGAGUUUUUUCCAGACCUUUUUCCUUUAUUGGUUGGGUCUCGGGUGUACAAAGAUUGUGCAAGCAAUGCAGUGGAGUCUCUACAAAACCCUGCUAUCAAUAGAAUAUUAAUUUACAUCUUGUUGGAGAUUUUCCUUCCGGAGCUAAUACCAGAACUACAACAUGGUAUAAACAUGGAAAGACAAGGAUACCUUGAAUGAAAUAUUUAUUGCAAUAUUCAUUCCAAACCCUCCAUAUCUUCUUGCAUUUCUCUUACGUUAUGACUUCUGUAACCAUGGCCUCUUAGACCAGUUAUACAAGAGAACCAAUAAAAAUGUAGAAUGAAAACAAUGCAUUCCAACUUUGGGURGUCGAGCCAAUCAGAAAACUAGACUGCACAAGAAUGCUAAUUUUACCCUGACGUUAUGUAUGUAAACAACUAGAUAGCCUUUGUCAUUUUCUCGUGGGAAUAAAAAAGAUGUCAAAAGGCUAUUGCUUUCUGAUUGGCUUCACUAUCCAAAGUUGGAAUGUAUUGUCUUCAUUCUACAAUUUGAUUGGUUCUCGCUGUCUAGGUGGCCACAGUUAUAGUAGUUGCAUUGUAAUAGUCAUUAAGAUGAGGUAAGUAGCCGCCGAUGGAACAAAUCAGUACCGGUUAUCUAAAAUUUAUUGAAAAAACAUUGUCAAAUUGAAAAGGUUAAAUUAUCGAAGCUAAGACCAAAGGGUGUUCUGUGUAGAUAGAAUAGACCAUUUCACAGAUCCCGCGGCUCGUGUAAUUAUUCUUUAGAAUUUGACUACAGUCCGCAGUAAUGAAAGGAAUUUACACAUCAACGAACAAUUGAAACACUUAAAAAUUUCACAGGUUGUAGGCAAUUUCUAAAGAAUAUAUUACACGCUGACGAGGCUGAGGUUGAGUAAUGGGAUCCGUGAAAUGACCUAUUAACAUUACAUGAAUAAUGCAGUUUUGCAGGCGCUUGAACAUAGAUUCACAGUCAGUGAACAAAGCAUUUUAGCACUCUUAGUGCAUGUGUCUGUAUGCAAAAACUUUCUGAAUGCCUAGGCCACAGCUAGCCAAAAUACCUCGUGCCCUUAGCCUUAAAGCAGGGCCCAAAAUUACAGCUGGUCAUAAGUCAAGAUGUCCUGCCAAAUACAUUUUGACAGGUCUUUGCUAAUUUUUGGACGGUCAAGGUUGAAUAUUUUUUUUAUUUUUUUUUAUUUUUUAAAUAUGACUUGUUAACAUGUCCCUUUAAAACUCUAUCUGACCUGUCAAGUGCCAUAUUAGGUCAAACAUUGACCGUUGACCGGCAGUUAUUUCAAACCCUGUGAUGAUUUAACAUUUUGAGCCUGACGACGUUUUUAUUCAAUUUGGUAAAAAGAAUGAAUGCAUAUUAUAUAUAUACAUAAUCAGAUGUUGAAAUCAUAGAAAAUGUAAUUAAUGAAAAAUAGAAUAUUGUGCUCGGCUAUUAAAUAUUAUGAA